GAGGGGGGACGGUGAAGGGGGAAUCCAACUCCAGUGUUAUUAUACUCACUGUGGUCUCGCUGCCCAAGUAGCGAAGUCGUCAGUGAUUAGUGCUUGUAAGCGACCCAUGUUGUAGGACUGCUGCGUCGCACACGAACAUAUACGACAUGGGAGGAUUUGCCUGGGUCACUCUGGCUACCAAUGACUCCUACUCUCUGGGAGCGUUGGUGCUGGCUCACUCUCUGCGGAGAGUAAACACAGCUCACCAGCUGGUAGUACUCAUCACGCCAGGAGUCACAGAGGCUAUGAAGACUCAGCUGAGCGCAGUAUUCAAUAUUGUCAAGUUGGUAGAUGUAUUGGAUUCAAAAGAUGCCGACAACCUCGCACUGCUUGCCCGACCCGAGCUGGGUAUCACCUUCACCAAACUGCACUGCUGGCGACUCACACAGUUCGACAAGUGUGUCUUCCUAGACGCUGACACUCUUGUGUUGCAGAAUAGUGAUGAGCUGUUUGAGAGGGAAGAAUUGUCAGCUGCACCAGACGCAGGUUGGCCUGACUGUUUCAACUCUGGAGUAUUUGUCUAUAAACCUAGUGAUGAAACGUACAAAGCCCUCAUUGAAUUUGCUUUGAUUCAUGGCAGCUUUGAUGGAGGUGAUCAAGGCUUACUAAAUCUAUUCUUCAGUGACUGGCCUACUAAGGAUAUCAAGAAACAUCUUCCUUUCGUCUACAACAUGUGUUCUACAGCCACAUAUUCCUAUUUGCCAGCAUUCAAACAAUACGGCCAAGGAUUGAAGAUCAUCCACUUUAUUGGUACUGCGAAGCCUUGGCUGCAACCGUUCAACACAGAGACAGGCUUGGCAAGUGUAUCCGGCGUAUCACAGAACAUCACACAGUUCGUUCAGCUCUGGUGGGAUCUCUUCUGUACCAGCGUACAUCCUAGCCUUUCCACGGAAAUGGUAAGCCUCCCAUUCCUAUUCAUAGCUCACUGAAUUUACAUAACUGUA